GAGUAGAGAGUAAUUAUCCUCACAGACGCUCCUCCAAGAAAAGUCUCGGAUGAGCAAAAUCCAAGUCCACCCGUCUCCUCCGUCUUCCUUCUUUCCCUCCCUUCCCUCUCUCCUCGGCGCCAGCUUGUCAUAUGGGCCCACCGAACUCGGUUAGCUUCUGUCCGUCUCUUGUCGUUCAGUUCGCCGAAGUAGAUUUGCCGUUCAGUCCGUCGUCUUCAAUCUGCGUUAAGUCCUCCGGCGUCGUCCUCGUUCCAGAUCCGCAUUCAAUUUUCCAGAUCUGCGCGACGUUCCCUCUCAUCAGAAAGUUUUCACAUGUUUUGAUGGAAUCAGUCAAUUCAUUUUGAUCUGGGUUUUCACGUGUGAGGUUGGAUGAGAAAAUUAUUCUGUUGCGCGAUUAAUUCUUCCGGAAUUUGGGGAAGAAGGUAUUGGAGAGAGAAGAGAGAGAGGAAGCUUGGUGAAGAAGGGGAUGGGGUUUCGGAUGAAGUGACAGAGAUAUAGGAGUGCAGACGUGGCGUCAGUGGCAUGUGAGUAAGUGUCUUUUCAGUGUUUUAGUGGAAAGCAACUGAGAGGUCUUGUAAUCUUUCGAGUUGAGAGAGGAUACUGGGGCUGCUUGAAUAGGAGAAUGAGUUUUUGCAGAUGUAGUUAUUUUCUCCCAUCAAAACUUUCAAAAACGUGUAAUCAAUUAAAGCACAAGUUUGCGGAGAAGAUGCUGAUGGAAAUUGAGCGACCUGGUUCAAGAAGCAGCUCAAAGUUUCAUAAUAAGGUAUCUGUUGUCAUGGAUUAUGAGCUUCCUGAUCUAACUGGAAAUGAAGGAGGUGAAAAGAAGUCUAAAAUGAAUCUUGGAGGUGAAGUAGAUGAGGUGGACAUCUCUGUGGCAUGUAAAGAUUUCCAUCAAUCAUUCUGGGAAGUGCUUCUCAAGUGGAUUUGUAUGAUGGGACCAAAUCUCUCCCUGAAAUUAUGAGCAUUCUACAAACAGUGGAUUUAGAACAAUAUAUUUCUGAUUCUUCUGAGACAAGAUGGGUGCAAAAUUCGCUCUCUGAAGCUCAGCCUUCUAUGUAUGCCAAUCAUUCUAGUGUAAAAUCCUCCUCUUUAAGGGAAGAUUCUUGUACUUGUCCUUUAUCACCUCAUUCAAUGUCUUCAAAGUCUGUAAGAGAAAAACUGGAUCACCAAGUCACCAAAGGGGAUUCUCAUGGGAAUGUAGUAUUACGGUCCCACGUCAAGCUUACACCUAAUGAGUUAUUUCUUGACAAGCCUAUUAAUUGUAUACCUGGAUUAAGUAAGAGAAAUUUCCAGCAGCUGGAAAACUGUGGCUUUCACACUUUGCGGAAAUUGUUACACCAUUAUCCACGAACAUAUGCUGAUCUACAGAAUGCACAUGCUCAAAUUACUGAUGGGCAGUAUUUGAUUUUUGUUGGAAAAAUCUUAUCAUCAAGGGGAGUCAAAGCUAGUUUUUCCUUUUCGUUUCUUGAGGUGGUUGUGGAAUGUCAGGUUGUGGACAGUAAAUCCGCUUUUCAACAAGUGACAGACAAUAUUAUUAACAAGGGAAACGAGACAAUUUAUUUGCAUCUGAAGAAAUUUUUCCGUGGCACUCGUUUUACCUGUAAGCCUUUUCUAAAUAGUCUUGCUGAGAAAUAUCAAAAAGGAGAUUUGGCAUGUGUGAGUGGCAAGGUGAGGACUAUGCGUGCUAAAAACCAUUACGAGAUGAGAGAAUAUAAUCUUGAUGUGCUUGAAGAUGGAAACAAUUCAUCCUUCUGUGCUAAAGAAAGGCCAUAUCCUAUCUACCCUUCAAAAGGAGGUUUGAACCCAGAUUUUCUCAGGAAUAUCAUUACAAGAGGCUUACAGGCGUUGCCUGUCAAUAUUGAUCCAAUACCUCAAGAAAUCACUGAGCAAUUUGGCUUAUUAAGUCUUCAUGAUGCAUAUAUUGGGAUCCAUAAACCAAUGGAUAUCACUGAAGCUGAUUUGGCUCGCAAGAGGCUUAUAUUUGACGAAUUUUUUUACCUGCAGUUAGGCCGCUUAUUCCAAAUGCUUGAAGGUGUUGGUACAAAACUAGAAAAGGAUGUAUUGCUAGAUAAGUAUCGGAAACCAGAAGAUAAUUCUGUUUGUACAGAGGAAUGGUCACUUCUCACCAAAAAAUUUCUGGAGGCACUUCCAUAUACUCUUACAUCUAGUCAACUUCGUGCUGUUUCAGAAAUUAUUUGGGAUCUGAAAAGGCCUGUCCCUAUGAAUCGACUACUACAGGGUGAUGUUGGAUGUGGAAAAACUGUGGUAGCUUUUCUGGUAUGCAUGGAGGUUAUUGGCUCUGGAUAUCAAGCAGCUUUCAUGGUUCCAACAGAGUUGCUUGCAAUCCAGCAUUUUCAGCACUUGCUUAAUUUGCUAGAGAAUUUGGCUGAGGUUGAGCGCAGACCCACAGUUGCUUUACUCACAGGUUCAACCCCACUAAAACAAUCUCGGCUGAUUCGUAAGGGUAUCCAGACUGGAGAAAUCUCAAUGGUCAUAGGAACUCACAGUUUGAUAUCAGAAAAUGUGGAAUUUUCAGCUUUACGUAUUGCUGUGGUAGAUGAACAGCACCGUUUUGGUGUGAUUCAAAGAGGAAGAUUUAACAGUAAGUUAUAUUACACUUCAUCAGCUUCUCAAUUGGAAGAUGCUAGUUCAAAUGGAUCCCCAAAGAGUGGUUGUGAUGCAUAUAUGGCUCCUCAUGUUCUUGCGAUGUCUGCAACUCCCAUCCCAAGAACACUUGCUCUUGCUUUAUAUGGUGAUAUGUCACUGACUGAGAUAACUGAUUUGCCUCCUGGAAGAAUUCCUGUUCAAACAUUUGCAAUUGAAGGAAAUGAAAAUGGAUAUGAGUGUGUCUACAAGAUGAUGAUGGAUGAGUUGGAAGAUGGGGGAAAAGUAUAUCUUGUGUACCCAAUUAUUGAACUUUCUGAACAGCUGCCACAGCUUCGUGCAGCAUCUGCAGAUCUAGAAGUCAUAUCAAAUCGGUUUCAAGGAUACAACUGUGGUUUGUUACAUGGGAAAAUGAAAAGUGAUGAAAAAGAGGAAGCAUUGAGAAGGUUUAGGACUGGAGAAAUCCAUAUCCUGCUUUCCACACAAGUAAUUGAGAUUGGUGUUGAUGUUCCAGAUGCAUCGAUGAUGGUUGUUAUGAAUGCUGAGAGAUUUGGGAUUGCUCAGUUGCACCAACUUAGAGGACGAGUUGGACGCGGUGCAAAGAAAUCUAAAUGUAUACUAAUAGCCUCUGCUGCUGGUAGCCUAAAUCGGUUGAAGGUUCUGGAGCACUCAUCAGAUGGCUUUUACCUUGCUAAGAUGGACCUUUUGUCACGGGGACCAGGUGACUUGCUUGGAAAGAAACAAUCAGGACAUCUUCCAGAGUUUCCUGUUGCUAGAUUGGAAGUUGAUGGGAAUAUCCUACAAGACUCACACCAUGCUGCACUGAAAAUUCUAAGUACUUCCCAUGAUUUGGAGCAGUUCCCUGCGCUUAAACUGGAGCUGAGCAUGAGACAGCCGCUUUGCUUGCUUGGCGAUUGAGACCCCAUUUGGUAUUUAGAAAGUACCGUGCUCGUUUUUUAUUAGCAUUUCCACAUAUUGUGUGAUUCGAUUUGAUGGGUUCUUCUUUUGUAUUUUUCAAUGACUUAGGCUUUGCCCUUUAGGCGAUGUAGUUUACUUGUAAAUUUAAUGAUCUGGGCUGUGGGUUUGACUUCUGAAACUGGACUGCUACAAUAUGCCAUUGGUGCAUCAGUGUAUUCUCUUUUUCCCUUUUCUUCAGCCAUGGCACAUCUUUGUCUUUAGCAGAAUUUGCUUAGAAGCUUACACUUGUGUUGCUGUGGAAAAAGAAAUGAGCAAGUUUACUGGGUUCGAUGGUGCA